CUAUAAGAUUGCAUAGAAACCUUAUAGCGAACCAUUCUGUUUUUUCAUUGUCCGUAGAACGAAUAUCUUUUGAAUUGGAUAAUGAAGAUUCUGAUAAUAAAUAGGUUAUAUUUUGUUGCAUGACUUUGUGGUACAUAAGGGAAGGCGAAGCUUACGAUUCGUUUAGCAGCUGCAGCCCGGAAGCUACUAGAAUCGGUCGUGCAAGAACUCUGCAUGGAAUACCCUGCGAUCUUAGCAAACAUAAUUAUUGCCAUUUGCCUGGUUCCACAUAUCCCUGGCAUGCCGUUAGACAGUUUGUACAUGAAAACCAAGGAUUGAUGCGCCGCAUGUAUGGUGAUCAGCGCCACAUCGCAGUACUCCAAGCUGAAAUAGAUGACAAUACUAUCAAUAUUGAACCUGCGAGUAAAGAAUACUGGAGUUCAAAUUCUAGGUACUUACGACAAGAAGUUAAGCGAAAACCUAGCGGCAAAAACUUAUUAAAUUUGAAAUAUACAAAUGAAAUUUUUACAAUGCCACACUUCAGGCCAACUACUUAUUCAUCUAUAGUUAAAACUGAGAAAGGAGAGCAUUACGAAACGGACAAUAAUAAAACCGGUUCCGCUUUGAAUAGUUCUGAAACACUGUAUGAUUUUCAACCAAUUGAUGUCAAAAUUGAAAAUCUUUUGAAAACUGGUGAAAAUUCUAACAGUAUUUAUAGUAAUGCCUCAGAAAUCGUUGAUGAUGAUGAUGAUGAUGAAGAAAGUUUAACUAUGAUUCCAACUCCUUUAGUUGAAGACAAUGAUAUGACCACGGAAUACGAAACUAUAUUAGACAAUGAGUCAGAAGAAAUUCAUUUAUUAAGUGAUAGUUUACCAGGCGAUCAAAUUAAUGAAGAACCUGUUACAGAUAAAGAAAAUAAAAAAGAAACAACUGGAUAUUUUACAGUAACCAAAGCUGCAGAAAAAGAAGAUAAUAAAGUAAAAAUAAUAAAUGAAAAAAUUGCUAAUAUUUAUAAAACUACUACGGUUUUACAGAACAAAGAAUUGUCAGGGACAGAACUAUUUCAAGAUACAACGGCACAAGAGUCAGCGCCUCCAAUAAUGAAGAUCAGAGGAGUAAAUGCAUGCCCAGUGAAAGAAGAAGUAGUGGCGCCUUUUUGGGCCAACAACACCCGGGGUGAAGUUUUAGCAUUAUUAAAUUUGUAUCCAUUUGAGCAGUAUGUCCACUGGGAAAAAUGUAGUCAUGAGCAAAAGCAAAUGUUUUGCAGGCAAGGUUGCAGAUGCGAACAACAGUACCGACUUCAUCGCCUUUUAGCUUACGAUCCUCAAAACGAGUGCCGAGGUAUAUUUUCUGAUUGGUUCCGGUUUCCGAGUUGUUGUGUUUGCAAAUGUUACAAUGUGCCAUCAGAAUUUCGUGUAACAUCUCGAAGCCCUCGAGUAUCUAGUACAAAACAAACUGUUAUAAAAAAUUUAAAUGAUGAAGCCGAAGAUAUUAUUCGAAAACAACUUUACAAACAAGCAGCACGCAGAUGGUAUAAUCCAAUGAACGAAGAUUAGAAAAGGAAUAUAUUUUCAAUAUACAUAUUAUAUGUUUGUUGUUAUAAUGUACAGAGUAUACAGAUUU